CCUGCCGGCUUUACUUCUGGUUCUUACUUCCUGCCUAUGGCAGAAAAUAGCCCUGCCCGGCUCCCUUAUCUCAGUUAAGAGCAGCACCCAGCCCAGCUCAGAGGGCAACAGGACAGGUUCCAGAGGUCCCAAGGAGUCCAUAGGUACUGGUGCAGGUGCUGAGGUCACAAAAAUGAAUGAGCCACCUUCCGAAGCCAACCCCUUCCAGGGCUCACAGUCUAAGGAGAGGGACUAAGAACGAGCUGCCACCAUCCAGGUCUCCACUUCUGAAGAAGUUGCACCACCACGGGCUUCCAGCCUUGGCCAGUCAUCUGCCCCCGAGGUCACAGACCACACGCCCAUGUCUUGCCUCUGCUUGCCUGGGGACAGACUCUGUAUAGCCACCAGGCUACCACCCUGGAGGUGAAAGCCAUGCUCUGACCUUGGUGUUCCCUAUAAUGCCUCAGACUAGUUUCUCUCCCCACCUGGACGCCAUGUUUGCCAAUUCUUCAGCCAACACCUCUUCUACCGACAGCUCUGUGCCCCAGUGCCGUGACUAUCGGAGUACACAUCGUUUGCAUAUGGUGGUCUACAGCUUGGUGUUGGCAACCGGUCUUCCUCUCAACGCUCUGGCUCUCUGGGUCUUCCUGCGUGUACUGCGCGUACACUCGGUGGUGAGUGUGUACAUGUGCAACCUGGCAGCCAGCGACUUGCUCUUCACCCUGUCACUUCCCCUGCGCCUCUCCUACUAUGCACGGCACCACUGGCCCUUCCCAGACUUCCUGUGCCAGACGUCGGGCGCCAUCUUCCAGAUGAACAUGUAUGGCAGCUGUAUCUUUCUGAUGCUCAUCAACGUGGACCGCUAUGCGGCCAUCGUGCAUCCGCUGAGACUGCGCCAUCUGCGGCGGCCCCUCGUGGCGCGGCGGCUCUGCCUGGGCGUGUGGGCUCUCAUCCUGCUGUUCGCCGUGCCCGCCGCCCGCGUGCACAGCCCGACCACCUGCAAGUACGAGAACGUCACCCUGAGCCUGUGCUUCGAGAGCUUCAGCGAUGAACUGUGGAAGGGCAGGCUGCUGCCACUCCUGCUGCUGGCCGAGACCCUGGGCUUUCUGCUGCCCCUGGCGGCUGUCGUCUAUUCGUCCGGCAGGGUCUUCUGGACACUGGCGAGGCCCGACGCCACUCAGAGCCACCGGCGACAGAAGACCGUGCGCCUCCUACUGGCCAACCUCAUCAUCUUUCUGCUGUGCUUCGUGCCCUACAACUCCACGCUGGCAGUUUAUGGGUUGCUGCGGGCCAACCUGGUAAAGAACAGCCUUCAGGCCCGCGAUCAGGUGCGCGGAGUGCUGAUGAUAAUGGUGCUGCUGGCCGGUGCCAACUGCGUGCUGGAUCCGCUGGUUUACUACUUCAGCGCCGAGGGUUUUCGUAACACUCUUCGAAACCUGGGCGCUCCGUUUCAUACCAGGCCUUUGCCUACCAAUGGGACUAGAGGGGAGCUCACCGAACCACCCUCAGAAAGCACCCAAAACACUGGGCAGGAUGCCACCAGCCAGAGGCUACUUCAACCUGCCAAUCUGGGUACACGCACGGACAACGGCCCCCAAGAUUCAGCCCUCUGAAAGGACACAGCCAUAGUGUUUACAGUUUUGUGCCUCCCUCAAAAGCUUAGGUGGUACUUUUGAAGGAGGUGACUUUGAAGCCACUCCAGCUCUAGCGUGCGGGAGGGAACAAGUGUGCAAGCAAGGACAUUGGAAUGGAAGUUUGCUGCCGCUGACAGCUUUAGCCUCUGACUAUUUACACAGAGGAACUCUGCCCCAGUAUAUAGGAAACCAAGCAGUGAGUGUAUUCAUGGCUAAAGAGCCGGUAUGUGGAACAGAAGAUGGAUCUCCUGGAUUUAGGUCAUCAGUCUGAGAGCUAACGAUCCCCUGACCUUGGUGAAUCAACUACACAGACGUUCAUCUGUCGUCUUCAAAACUAAAACUCAGGGCUGGUGGUGGAACUGAGAACCCACAGCCUACACAUGCUGGGCCAACACAUUCCCAGCCUUACCUGCCGACUACUGCGCUUACUCAAGGGCAAUGGACACUGUGCCACCAGCCCUGGCUUCCCUGCUUGGGUGGGAGGUGUGACACAAAUAGUUCUGACCCAUUUCGUGACUCGCAACAAGUUAGACUUGACACCUGGCAUGAGGUUGACGCAGGGCAGAGCUGUGCGUGCGUGAAGUCCCUCUCACUUGCAAGUUCUUGGUUCCUUUUCUAGGUCAUCCUUUUUCUUUUUCUUUUUUUUUUUUUUUUGGUUCUUUUUUUCGGAGCUGGGGACCGAACCCAGGGCCUUGCGCUUCCUAGGUAAGCGCUCUACCACUGAGCUAAAUCCCCAGCCCCAUCCUUUUUCUUUCUGUAGCUCUCUUCCAUCCUCGGUCUUUAAUAUUCAGUCUCACUUCCCUCUCUCUCCUCCCCCUGCCCCCACUCCUUAUGACUGAACUUGGUAUGUAGCAGAGGCUGGCCUUGAACUUUUUCGUUUUGUUCUCUUGUUUUGAAGACAAGAGUCUUGCUAUGUAGUUCUUGUUAUCCUUGAACUCACAGAGAUCUGUUGGCCUCUGCCUCCUAAAUGCUGGGAUUAAAGUGUGUUCCGCUAAGACA